GAUGCAGAUGGAGAAGAAAGAUAGUCUGUGAGUAGCCGGGAUUAUUGCCUUGGUUUUAUCUGUGUCACCCCUCAGUCAGACUCCGGUGUUCAACAUGUUCCACCAGCUGACGGAUCAAACGGUGAAUGGCAGCUGUAAGGGACCCACCUCGGUGUGCAACAAGAGCGCUGAUGGAGACGCACUCCAGCUACCCACUUUCUCCACCGCGGCCAAAGCCAGAGUCAUCAUCACCUUCACACUGUGUGCAGUGUCAGCUGUGUGCAACUUGGUUGUGCUGUGGGCUGCGGGAAACGGCGGCAAGCGCAAGUCACACGUCAGGAUCCUCAUCAUGAACCUGACGGUGGCGGACCUGCUGGUGACUUUCAUCGUGAUGCCUGUGGACGCAGUGUGGAACAUCACGGUGCAGUGGCAGGCGGGAGACGUCGCCUGCAGGCUGCUGAUGUUUAUGAAACUGGUGGCGAUGUACUCCUGCGCUUUUGUAACUGUAGUCAUCAGCUUGGAUAGACAGUCUGCCAUCCUCAAUCCUCUGGGCAUCAGUGAGGCCAAAAGGAAAAGUAAAAUCAUGUUGACUGUGGCCUGGACCAUGAGUGUGAUCCUCUCGCUCCCUCAGAUGUUCAUAUUUCACAAUGUGACCAUCACAGUCCCACAGAACUUCACCCAGUGCACCACCCACGGCAGUUUUUUCCAGCACUGGCAGGAGACCCUCUACAACAUGUUCACCUUGUGCCUCUUCCUCCUGCCUUUGGUCAUCAUGAUCUUCUGUUACACACGAAUCCUUGUUGAGAUAUCCAGCCGCAUGGCCCGGGGUAACCUGCUGUCUAAUGUUCAUCUCCGCCGCUCCCACAACAACAUCCCUAAAGCUCGGAUGAGGACUCUUAAGAUGAGCAUUGUCAUUGUGAUGUCAUUCAUCAUCUGCUGGACCCCGUACUACCUGCUAGGCCUGUGGUAUUGGUUGUUCCCUGAAAAAAUGGAGGAGACAGUCUCUCAUUCACUGACUCAUAUGCUGUUUAUCUUUGGCCUCUUCAAUGCCUGCCUAGACCCCAUUACAUAUGGUCUGUUUACCAUUCAUCUUCCAGGUCUUAAGAGAUGCCAUCGAAGUUCAAACCCACAGACUGAAUUAGAAAACAAUACUUGCCUUGUACAGAUCCACAGGCAGACUGCCUCGGGUGGUCACAAUACAGACAUAGAGGAGGCAAACGACAACAACAGAAAGAAAAGUGGAUUAAGGCCAAUCAUCCCAGAAAGCAAAAUGUAA